AUGAGAGUGUCCACGCCACCGACAGAAGAGUCAACAGGACGAGCAGAUGGACCAGUACCAAGCACGCGGGAUAUCACUGGAGCGAGGUCAAGGUCAAGGUCGUAUCAGUACCGGGAGGAAGGCAUUUCGCUUCCCACAGCUGAAGACGUGACUGUGCAAGACCAUGACAGGGUAGGGGGGGAGAAAGAGUCGUCUGUUCCAUCCUCUCCGAACAACCAGCUGGAUGCCCGCAUUUUGUUUCAUGGACGAGAGAUUUGGGCGGAAGAGUUGAUUGGACUUCGUGUCGCCAAGACUUUUGCUGGCUUAGGACGCUUUUUGGGCCAGGUGGUCAAGUUUGACAAGCGGAUGGCAGUGUAUACGGUGGUAUACGCUGAAGGCGACGCAGAGGAUCUGACGGUGGAUCAAACGCUGCAGAUCCUGAUCCAGGACGAGAUCGAGCGUGCUGAUCCCGCACAUAUGCCACCAGACGUUGCUCUCCUGUGUCGUAAGAGGAGCGAAGAGAGAUCAUCGCCUGCUAGCCCGGACUUUAUGAUACCGCCUGCAUCUGCUCAGCGCCAAAGCAGUGCUGAACGACCCCGAACGAUGCUUCAGAUCAGUGAGCGCGAGGCGCAAUUCGUGCUCAGUUUGUUUGAGAAUCAUGCACUCCCUACUUUAGUGCGACGAGGGUGGCGUGUGCUGGACGUUGUGGGAUACAUUGCUAAGGAUGAAGAGCUGUUGUCGUCGUGCUUCCCGGUGAACGUUCACUCCGCCAUUCUAUCGUUGCUUCCACAUGAAGCUAUAGCCAGCUCUACACCUAUUACGGAUUGUAGUACCAACCACGAAAGUACCGAGAGUGCGUCACGAAAACGCACAGCCUCAUAUUUGUCAAGUGCCGAGCAGAUGGGUGACAAGAGGACACGACAGGUUUGCGGUAAAGCUCGGGAAGAAACUGCGUUCUCCACGUGUGCAGGAAUGGCCCGAGACGGUGAUAUCGCACAUCACCGACAUGACGAUUUGGGUCACCGAGCUGCGCGCCAUCCUUCCGCUUACCGCGAGCAAUACAUGGGCGGGCGCAUUCUCCCUUUCAUUGGCCAGGUUGCUGAAAAUGGAGGCGACACCUCCGGUGAUGCUCACACUCAAGCUUCACCUGGGUUGCAGGGAUGUCGAAGCACUUGUGGCCAUGGCCUAGCGCUAGAGAAUCCGUUUGUAUCCAGAUGGCCUGAAGCUGGAGCAGCCAUCAAUCAUGCGAAACCUGCUGAGUGCACUCGCACGCUCGGAUGGCGUGAGCGGGGUGAUGCCUUUGCGCCAGACCAGCGCCUUGAUGUGCACUCGCGCAAUUACAUUCGUACUGAGGAACGCUCCGUUCAUCGAUUGGAUGUGCGACUUCCAGCUUAUGCUGAAGACAAUGCGGUUGGUGCUGCACCUGGUAGGCAUGCGGGCUUUUCUCAGGACUUGACGAAGUCUUCACGUGGCAACCAAGCGAAUAGUAAGACGAAUGGUCUCGCUUGCUUCCAGCUGUCUGCUCUGCAUGCAAGGUCUAGCGACUACAGUCAUGGCUCUGCUGCGGACCAAGUGUUGCGUGAACCAGCAAGCUUCAUAUCUCCAGCCGACUCUCAUAGUGUUAGUGCUGCGUUCUCGAUGGUGGACAUCGAUCGUAUUUCGAGUGAGCGGCCACGAAACGCUUGUAUCGGGAAGUCACAUGACCGUUUGUCGCAGCAGAGUGAAGCCUUGCAGUCUUCCGGCAUCACAGUCAACAAGGCAGUGAAAACGGCCACGCCGCAGACAUCGCUUGCGAAAGUGCCAGCGAAUGAAGACUUUGGUCGAGAUGGAUAUGGUCAGUACUUUUGA